GACGCAUCUGGCCACCUGUCCCAUUGCAGAAUACCGGUGUCCCAGAAGCAAUUUACAAAUCCAUGGCGUCGACCUACCACUACCGCCUACCAUAUCCGCUCCCAUUGACUGCUGCAUCUCCAGCGUUCUCAUCCCGCUGCCGCUUCCCGAUGGCCUCCACCGCCUCCCUCGCAGGAGUAUCUCAUGACGCAGGAGUCACUGUGUCCACAUCGGAGAGUGUUGGUCAGAAUGACUUGCUGAUUGUCGGGCCUGGUGUACUUGGUCGAAUCGUAGCUGAGAAAUGGCGACAGGAGCAUCCAGGUUGCAAAAUUUAUGGCCAGACUGCAACCACAGAUCAUCACAGUGAACUAACUAAAAUUGGGAUAAUUCCCUCCCUGAAGGGACCCAGAGCUGAUCAGAAAGUCCCAUACGUUAUUUUCUGUGCUCCUCCAUAUCGUACGGAUGAUUACCCUGGGGAUCUUAGAGUUGCUGCAUCAAACUGGAGUGGGGAAGGCUCUUUCCUGUUUACAUCAAGUACUGCCGUGUAUGACUGCAAUGACAAUGGAUUUUGCGGCGAGGAUUCUCCUUGUGUGCCAAUUGGUAGGAGUCCUCGUACUGACAUCCUUCUAAAAGCAGAAAAUGUCGUCCUCGAGGCAGGAGGCUGUGCCCUGAGGCUAGCAGGGCUUUAUAAAAAGGAUCAAGGUCCUCAUGUUUUCUGGUUGUCAAAAGGGACUGUAGAUGCACGACCAGAUCUCAUAAUCAGCAUGAUCCAUUAUGAAGAUGCUGCUUCGCUGGGGAUUGCCAUCAUGAAGAGGAGACUUCGCGGCCGUGUCUUUGUGGGCUGUGACAACCAACCUCUCUCCAGGCAAGAAAUAAUGGACCGUGUUAACAGGAGCGGGAAAUUUGACGGCAAGUUUGAGGGCUUCACAGGGGCAGACGGUCCAUUGGGGAAGAAGAUGGAUAAUUCCAAAACUCGGGCUGAGAUCGGCUGGGAGCCCAAAUAUCCUAGUUUCACAGAAUUCCUUGGUCUCAGCAAUUGACAUCUUUGCCAGCUGCAAUAUUCCUCUGAUUCCAGAUAUAAAUCUAUACAGACGAUUUGAUAGAGGAUACAAUCUGCAUUAUGAAUUUCUUCAACAGUUGUCCUAAAGUUCCUCCUCAUGAUAGUGUAAGCAUUGUAAGGCUAUGUUCGGUUAAACCUCUCUCAGAGUGGAUUGGAGGGGAUGUUGGAAGAUAGGCAAGUUCAUGAUUAAUUUCACUAAAUAAUUAAUGACUAAAA